AUGGCAAGCCGCUUUGUGGAUAUUGGCGCCAAUCUGUGCGACCCCAUGUACGAGGGGAAGUAUCACGACAAGCAAAAACAUCCACCUGACAUUCACCUAGUUUUGCGGCGUGCCGAGGCCGCUGGCGUCGACAAAAUCAUUCUAACGAGUGGAGCCUUUGAGGACCUUCGCACCAACCUCAAGAUUGCUGAACUCUACGAUCCGGAAUGCGAGCGCCUCUUCAUGACCGCUGGAAUUCAUCCUACCCGCUGCACCGAGUUCGCUGCCCCCAGCAGCACAACAAGCGGCAUCGAGAGCGAGUUUUUCGAUUCCUUUGCUGCCAAAGUAGAGGAGGCGGGCUUGCGUCUCUCGGAGUACCCUGAGGUGUAUGUACAGCGGCUUUUUGAAGUGCACCAGGAGCUGCAGCGGGACCAGCAAAGGCAGCGCAAAAGGCGCAUUGUUGCAGUUGGAGAGAUCGGCUUGGACUAUGACCGCCUUCACUUCUGCGACGCACCUACCCAAAAGCACAGCCACUGUCUGCCUACCGCUGCAUCUGCAUGCCUGGCGCUCCUAGACUUUGUUGGGCUUGUCAGUUGUUUGCGUUUCUCGCGCCUCAACGGCUGCUCCCUCAAGACGCAAGAAAAUCUCGCAGUAGUCCAGCAGCUGCCGCUCUCGCGCAUUCUUCUAGAAACUGAUGCUCCUUGGUGCGGCCUGAGGCAUACCCAUGCGGGGUUCUCUCGCCUCAACGAAGAGCAGGCAAGCAAGCCAGCUGUCGCUAGAUCGCUGCUGAACGGAGUGAAGCCGGAAAAGUGGGAGGCGGAGAGCCAAGUGAAGGGGCGCAACGAGCCGUGCAACAUUCGAGCCGUAGCGGCGAUUGUUCGCCAGUUGGUUGCACCAGAGCUCUCUGAGGAGGAUUUCUGCAGCAGAUUGCCUGAGCGGGCAGCCUUUUGUAACGCCUCGAAAAGCCACCACUCACUCCCCGGUACUUCAGCUGAAGGCUCUUUGCUGGCCUCUUGUGGCUGCAUGUGCCUGAUGAGUUCCGCCGCUUCUGCAACCACAAAAGGCGGUGCUAAUAAGGCUUGGGGGCAGCACUCAUGGGUUGUCCGACGUCUCAAUCGCUCGCUAGGGGGCGAGUUUGGGAGCAGAUCUCGAAUUUUAGCUUGGAACUCAUGUUCUAAAUAUGCUCUGCCUCCUGGAUGCACUUACGCGCCAAAACUGCGGCCGUAUUUCGCAAGUUGA